UCUUGCUUAAAAAAUUAAUGCGUUUAAAUUUUAUUCUGCUCGAUUAUUAGUUUAGACUAUGUUUAUUGUUUUAUCAUGUUAACGAUAAAACUCCUUUCGUGAAACAGAGUUGUUAUUUGUUUUUCCUUUUUCUAACAUUGCUUGCUUUUUACAAAAUUUUCGUGGAUGAUUUCCGUUCAGUAAAGGAAAAAUAGUUUUAGCAUACAUUUAAUUUUACAAAAUGAUUAUAGAAAAGAUAAGUCAAAAUCAGCAAACAGUACUUUGAUAUAUUUUAUACGCCUUUGUGAUGAAUUAAAAAUUGUUUCUGAAAAGUAUCCAAAUAUUUUUUUUAAGGAUGUACCCGUUAGGUGCAUUUAUUAACAAGAAUACAAGACUCGCCGUGUAAUUUUUUCCUUGAACAUGCACCCGUACAUGUAACGAAAGUUGUAAAGCUCAACAGACAGUUUUCAUUAAUUGAACGCACCGAAAAAUAUUUCAGCAAAGACAGAAAUGUAAGAUCUGUAAAUAGCCAAAAUAAAUGGUUAUGAGCUUACAAAAUGCAGAUCAAUCGAAAUUGUAAAUAAGAACCAUGUAAAGCGGUACCUCACCGAUAUCUCAAUGUCUUUAGAAUUCGGCUAAACUACAACCCCUGUGCUUUGUAUCAAUGGAUAAUUAAUUAAAUAUUAACGACUGACGAUGAAAUGCUAAUCAACAGAACGAUGCACGUGUAUUCUGUUACCUUCUAUUUUGUUUUAUAAGGAGAUUAUGAUAACAUUUGGCAACUUGUUUGGAUCCUCAAAAGUUCCAAGAAUAAUUGGAGCAAGAUUCGUGUGUUGGAGACAAGAAUCAACGACCGAUGACACUUUGCGAUUUCAUUCGUAUUUUUAGAACAAAAGAGCGAAUUGUUCACAAUGCAUUGUUUUAUACAAUCCAGAACUCCCACUAAAUAUUGCAUCAUCGGAGAAUGAGAAAGCUUGGAGCGAUGUAGCCGGGAAAAUCUGGACAAAUCAUGGAGAAUUCGACGUAUUCUAGUGAUUUAUCAUCAACUACAAUGAACUACAGUGAAUUAUCACCAGGAUUUUUUGAAAUAUUUGAUCAACUGGCUCCCCAGAUUUCUAUCAUAGACCGCGUCAUUUCACCCAUAUUCUAUAUCAUAGGACUAACCGCUAAUCCAAUCACAACCAAAAUAUGGCUCAGCCGAAAAAUGCGCAAGAACAACUCGUCUGCCAUUUAUGUCGGAGUGUUAUCAAUUGUUCAUACCAUUUUUCUCCUGCUACACAUUAUCCAGGAGUUGAACUACGCUUGGGGAGUGAGUUCUUACACCCGGAUGUCAGUUAUGUGUGAGGUGUUCAACAUGGCGAUCUAUGUACCGCAAUACUACGCUCCUCUCCUCGUUCUUGCCUUUACAGUGGAACGAUACAUUGCCGUGAACCAUCCCUUUGUGAAGGAGAGGUUUUGUACGGUCAAACGGGCCAUCCUUGUCUCGAUUGGCUUGCUCAUUUUUUCUUUGCAAAUCGCAUCUCUACAAACCUACAUCUGGCGCUACCAUCCGGAAGAGGGAAUGUGUUAUCCACCGUACGAGGUGGAAAACUUUGAAAAGAUUUGGACCUUAACAACCGAGCUGAUAUUGUUCAUGUUUGUCCCUGUCUGUGUUCUUGUGGUAAACAUUUUGGUGAUCAAAGAAAUUCGGAGAAUUACAUAUCAAAGUGCACUACCCCACCAGACGCGGGGAUGCGGCGGCCAUACGUCCACCAUCACACUUCUGUCGGUUUCCUUUUACCUGAUAUGUACACUACUUCCGGCGUCCAUUGUGUUUGCACUACAAGGAGUAAUUAAACCCGGACAAACGGCUGAUAUGGAAACCAUGGCGGCAGACCCAGUCUGGAAGAGAUACCUACAGUACAUGACAAUAAGAAAAAUCGUGGAGGAGUUAUGUCUGUCCAACUAUUCUUGUUAUUUCUUCAUCUACUAUAUAACCGGCGAAAGCUUCCGUAAGGAGGUUCGAAAACUAUGUUGUUGGAAAUUCUUCAAAUCAGAGAAAGAUAAGAAUACAGUAACUAGCAAGUCGGAAUAUACCCUUGUGACCACAGACAAUGCCAAUAUCAUCAAAUCAGACAAGGGAAGAAACUAUGCGGCCAACAGGCCUGAGUAUAUAAUGAUAACAAAAGACAACACGAACAAACACGAAAACAGUACAGCAAUGUGAUGUGUUCAAUUCUAAACUUUUCAGACUUUUUUCCCUUUAUGGCACCCUCUUAUGCAUAAUUAAUAUUAUAUUUUACGGUAACACAUUUUAUAUAUUGUCAUUUUAUUAUUCAUGUCCGGUUUAUUAAUAUUAAUUCUUUAUGAAAACAUGACACGGUUUAUAGAAAAUCUAAAAUAAUGAUACAUUAUUGUAAUUUCGAAUAAUGUAUAUUCUUCAGAAUGAACAACUACAUGUAUUCGUGCAAUACCCCUAACCAUUGAAAACUUUCAAUUUAUUUUAAUCUUUUGUUACAUUACUUUAAUUAUCGUAAUAUAUAAUUUAAUUUUUAACUAACUAUGAUUCAAAUGUCAUAUUUUACAUUCAUUUAUAGUGAAUGAAUUUUCUUAAGCCAUUCA